AUGUUGUCUCCACAUAAUGAAUUAGCAGUAAUAGGAGUUACACCUUCGAAAAUAAAGUUUAUUUAUCCAAACGACUUGGAGCCCCCUACUAGUGCUUCAAAUGACGGCCAGAAUGAUGCACUUAGCUGUAUGAAUAACACUGUCAGGCAACUAGCAUUAAGCCUUGUAACCUCCUGUUCUUCUACAAGCACACAAAUUGUUUUGGCUGGUGCGAUAAUAAAAGCAUUGUGCUAUUACCUUCGGCGCUGUCGUGAAUUACAGCCGUCUACAAGACAUUUAGAUGAUUCCUUGGAGAUGACAAUGGAGAUUAGUGAAGGAAGUGAAAAGAUUUCCUCUCGCAUACUGAUUAUUAAGGCGUCUGAUGACAAUUCUUCUCAAUACUUAGCGUUGAUGAAUUCUGUGUUCACAGCUCAAAAGCUUCAUGUUCCAAUAGACACAUGUGUGUUAUCAUUACCACAACAGUCAGAUAAUUUAAAUUGCAGGUGUGGGCCAAGUUCUCUCGGACACUCAAGUCUUCUUCAACAAGCUGCAGAUCUAACUGGUGGAAUUUACUUGCAAGUGCCAAGAGUUUCUGGUUUGCUACAGUAUUUGUUAUCAGUAUUUUUGCCAUCGUCUAAAAUGAGGACAUCUCUCUUACUUCCAGAUAGUCGAUCCAGUGGUUUAUCGUUUGGUGUUGACUUUCGAGCUGCAUGCUUUUGUCAUAAACGAUUGAUAGACAUUGGUUAUGUUUGUUUGGAUAUAUUAUAUUUUGCUGAUAUUUGUGCUGGUCCUGGAGGUUUCUCAGAAUAUACUUUAUGGCGACGAUGUAAUGCUCCAUAUCAUACUCACUCAUCAAACACUACACUCAGUCCUAAUCAUCAUUCCAAUAUCAAUGAUAAAUUAUUAGAGGAUACCAUGGAAUCUAUCGAUCAUAACAGUCCUACUAAUAAUACUAGUACUACUUCAGAGAAACAACAACCAUUACUGUCUGCUAAAGGAUUUGGUUUAACAUUAACUGGUCAAUGUGAUUUUCGUGAAAAUGAUUUCUUGGCUGGUCCAAAAGAAGCUUUUAUGGCACAUUAUGGAGCAGAACGUGAUGGGGAUGUAACAAAAUGGUCCAAUUUAGCCUCAUUCGCAUCAUCUAUUGGUCGUAGUACAAAUAAUGCCGGUGUACAUAUUCUAAUGGCAGAUGGAGGUUUCGAUGUAUCUAGUCAGUAUAAUCUUCAAGAGGUUAUGUCUAAACAAUUGUACUUAUGUCAGUGUUUAUGUGCAUUAAUCAAUCUUAGACCAGGUGGACAUUUUUUAACAAAAUUAUUUGAUACAUUCACUGAAUUCACCAUUGAUAUAAUUUAUAUAAUGGGUUAUUUAUUUGAAGAGAUUUACAUUAUAAAACCUGUAACUAGUCGACCAGCUAAUUCAGAACGUUAUUUAGUAUGCAAAAAUUUACAAUCCCCUUUAAACACAAUGGCUGGUUGUUUACCUGCUCCCAAAUCAUCAUCAUCAUCCAUGACAAGUCAUUCGGAUUCCACUGAUCAAAAGUCAAGUUUCCGACAGAAGACACGUAAAUUUCCCGGUCAACAUCAACAACAACAACAACAGCAAACAACCACCACAAAUGGUAUUGUUGAUGAUAUCGAAGCCAGUAAAAAGUUUGGCAUUUUAACUGAUAUGAAAGAGUCCGGUUCACUUGGUCUAGUGAUCAAUCAUUUUUUGCAAGUUAAUGAAAAGUUAAAUCUAAUUAAAACAAACCAAUCAUUAUCGUCAACCAAUCCUAAAUUGGAUGUAUUAAGAAUAUGUCAUACUGAAAUGAUUGAACGUGAUGAUAAAUUUAUGCAAUUUAUUCAGGGGAUGAAUGAAGAUUUUGCUAAACAUCAAUGUGUUGCUUUGUCUAAACUGUUAGCAUUCUCUCAAAAUCAUAGUCUUACUGAAACGAGACAAGAUGAAUUGUAUAAAGCAUGUUUAGAAAAAUGGAAGAAUGGUUUACGAAAACACGGUUUAUUUAUAUAUGAUGUUGUGUGCAUCUACGGUCGAGAUUGUCGUAAAUUACCAUACAGGAAGAGAAUGGAACUAGCUGAACAAAUGACCAAUAUAAUUAAUUUUCCAGAUAUGACUUCAUCCAAUGUUCGUGUACCACCAUUUCUAAGAUUAUCAGAACUAGUUAAUUAUGUAAAAAAACUACCUCUUCUACCAUGUAAAGAUUCACCAACACUUGUGCCAAUGCAUUGUUUACCCGACGGUUUUACAUUCCAACCACAUUCGUUGCUACUAGUACAACAUAUGACAGAUAAUUGGACUGAAGAGAUUAGUCGGAGUACUGGAAAAUUGUAUUACUUCAACCGAUUGAAAUCUGAAUCUACUUUCGAUUUACCAGAAAGUGAACACUUAUCAUUCACUGAGACACAUUUCACAAAACUACCUUGGAUAACAGAACAAAAAUAUUGUCCAAGUGUUACUACUCUAAUACAAUAUUUAGAGAAAAUGUCAGAUCCUUAUUCAUAG